GCGGAGCCGUGCGGUGCCGGUGCCGCUACACGGGACUGUGCCGGUGCCGGUACCCGGGGCGGAGCCGCGUUGUAUUGGCGCCCGUACGCGGUGCCGGUGCGCGGGGCUGUGCCGGUGCCGCUCCACGGGGCGGGGACGCGCGGUGCCGUAGCCGGUGCGUGGGGCGGAGCGGUGCCGGUGCCGCUCCACGGGGCGGUGCCGUGUUGUGCCGGUGCCGCUACGCGGGGCGGUGCCGGUGCCGUGCGGUGCCGUAGCCAGCGCGCGGGGCGCCGCGCCCCCAUGAGCCGGUGAGGCGGCGGCGGUGCGGGAGGGAUGGCGGCGGGCGGCGGCGGCGGGGGGCGGCCGCCGGGCUCCGACCCCGCGCUGGAGCCCUACGUGCAGACCCGCAUCUUCAAAAUCAUCGUGAUCGGAGACUCCAACGUGGGCAAGACGUGCCUGACCUUCCGCUUCUGCGGGGGCACCUUCCCCGGCAAGACCGAGGCCACCAUCGGCGUGGACUUCCGCGAGAAGACGGUGGAGAUCGAGGGGGAGCGUAUCAAGGUGCAGGUGUGGGACACGGCCGGCCAGGAGAGGUUUCGGAAGAGCAUGGUGGAGCACUACUACCGCAACGUGCACGCCGUGGUCUUCGUGUACGACGUGACAAAGAUGAGCUCCUUCACCAACCUCAAGACAUGGAUUGAGGAGUGCAAUGGGCACGCGGUGUCCCCGCUCGUCCCCAGGGUGCUCGUGGGGAACAAGUGUGACUUGAAGGACCUGAUCCAGGUGCCAUCCAGCCUGGCCCUCAAGUUCGCCGAUGCUCACAACAUGCUUUUGUUUGAGACCUCGGCCAAGGACCCGCAGGAGAGCCAGAACGUGGACGCCAUUUUCAUGUGCCUGGCCUGCCGGCUGAAGGCGCAGCGCUCGCUGCCCUGCCGGGACGCCGAGGGCUGGCCAGGGCAGCCCCAGCCGCAGUCCCGCCGGCUGGACGAGGCCAGCGGGAAAGGCUCCUGCCCGUGCUGAGCGGGACCUGGCCCGGACCCCAAUAAAGGCUCUGAGCCCCCUGC